UAAGGUGCUUGUGUGAAGGAAUACGUUUGUUUUAUAAAAAUAAUGUGAAGGAAAAUAUGGAAAAUUAUGAAGCAAUAUGAUAAAAAGUGAAAUGGUUCAACGGUAAACUAACGUGUGUUAAUACAAUCACAAUGAUAAAGAAAAUUCUGUUAGUCACCUUUACAACCACAUUGUGUUCAUUAAUAAUAGUACGACUAAUACAAAUCGCAUUUGAUACAAACCUGAAAUACAUUUUAGUAUUCAAUGAUCCUCAUAUAUCUCCAAUCAAAGAAAUGAUUGGAGACCGAAGUUUAUUUUUAAAAAAGAAAUGUCCUGUAAGUAAUUGUUACAUUACCAAAAUCAAGUCAGUUGUAAGGAGGAUUUCAGAUUUUGAUGCCAUCAUGUUUCAUGGCCCUAAAUUGGACAAAAAACCUUUAAUUUUACCAAAAGACCGAUCAAAUCAACAAAAAUACAUAUUUCUAAGUGGUGAAUCCGCUGUUAACUAUCCGGUAAGAUGUAGGAACUUGAGAGGAGUCUUCAACUGGACUAUGACGUACAAAUUGAAUUCGGAUAUCUAUUUAGGAUACAUCAUAAUUAGAAACAUAACAGGCUCCAUUAUUGGACCUAAACCAAUAAUGCAUUGGUUGAAAUGGGAGGAUAUGAAGCCCAUAGAUAGUGCAUUCAAGAAGAAUCUUGAGGGCAAGAUAUACGCCGCCGCUUGGUUUGUUUCAAAUAAACACGCGGCCAAUAAGAGACGUGAGAUAGCUUUACAAAUUCAAGACGAAUUAUCCGACUAUAAUAUGACUCUAGACAUAUUUGGUCCCGGUGAAGUAAAUUGUCCCAGAAACAUAAACUUGGUAUGUUUGAGUCUUUUGGAGAGAUAUUACUACUUCUACUUAUCCUUUGAGAACUCUUUGAUUGACGACUAUGUUACUGAGAAGCUUUUGACUCCUUUGCAACAUUAUACCGUGCCUGUUGUCUAUGGCGGAGCGAAUUAUACAAGGUGA